CGUGAGUCUAUUAUGUAAGCCGUAUGUGGGUCUCCAGCAUCAAAGUCGCGGCGACGGCAUCUCCGCAGCUUCUGAAGCUGCAAUCGCACUGCCAUUGCAUCAGGGAAUUAGUGACCGCGAGAUUUCUUCAUUAUUCCUAGCAAUAUGCAUGCCGCAUUAAUCAACGCUCCCGUGCGGAUAGCCAUUCUGGGAGGCUCACGCUUCUCAUGCGGCCUGGCUGCCCCGAUCAUCUGUACAGGUCCAACAACUUCAUUCGCACAGCAAUCCACAUCAACACCACGAGCAGAACACAACUCUCCCAAGAAAAACCUCGCCAAUUUUUCUACAACAUGCAUAAACCAAGCUCGGUCAUAUUCUUCGACGACUUGCACGUCUCGAACACAAAAUUCACUGCGAAAAGGAAAUACGCAGUCCCACAUAUUCACCCAGCGUCCGACGAACCUCUCCUCACAGAUUUCCAUCUCAUUCAAGCGGUCUUUUGCAAAGUCUGUAAGUGCUCAUGCUAAAACUUCCAAGGACGGUGCUGCUACACGAGUUGCGGCUGCUGCUCUCGACUGGAAUACGUACUUCAAACUCCGCGCGUCUCGUCGACGUUACUCUCUUGUUUCGUCCGUCCUCGCGUCUCUCGCCAGUACCGCCAUUGGUGUGCAAGUGCUCUCCGCUCAGAACCUUGACACCCUUGGUGCACAAGUCAUGGGCCUUGACCCUUUUAUCGUUUUGGGUCUCGCCACCGCUGCCUGCGGCGCUUUGGGCUGGUUAGCUGGUCCAGUUCUAGGCAAUGCGGUAUGGGGUCUUGUCAACAGACGUUUCCGAAGUGGUGUUGCUAUUAAAGAGAAAGAAUUUUUCGACCGCAUCAAGCGCUACCGCGUCGAUCCUUCAUCAAACUCUAUUGCCAACCCCGUUCCUGACUACUAUGGCGAGAAGAUUGGCAGCGUGCAGGGUUAUCGUCAAUGGUUGAAGGACCAACGGGCAUACAACCGAAAGAAGUCGCGACAUAUUCUGUAGGACAUUCGCGAGAUGGCGAAGAGAUUCGCUCUUUAUUAAACAGGCUACGUGAGGUUAUAUUGCUACCAGUCAUGGCAAUUCUCCGUCUCCCAACUAUUGAAAAUUGUGCAAUACGCAUCUCCCUUCUUUGUGUGACCCUUUUGUAUUUUAUCCCAUAGGUACCAAUAAUUGAGGGCACUAUGAAUUUGAGCUUCGGCGCUACUGAAUGAGAAAAGGAGUCUGGCUGGCUCUGCACCUGUUGAUGUGAUGCCUGUUCCUUUUCAAUUUCAAUUUAAAUUUCGCUUCUUUUCUUUCAAUGUCGAUAUUAAUUCUUUCAGAAUAUCAAUUAAUUUUCAAUCACACUAAUACAAUUUCUUAC